CUGCUCUCGCUGCUCCCCGAAGGGGCCCAGGUCCCCGCAGCCCCCUUCUCCGAACACAUCUUGCCAUUCGCGGGGCCCCUCGGAAAGAACCAGUGCCCCUCGGCCCCGCCGCCCUGGGCCUGGCGCGGCUGGACCUGACCCGGCCAAGAUGCCCCCGACCCUCUUCCAGAAGCUGUUCAACAAAAGGAGCGGGCUGGGCUCCCCCGGCCGGGACGCCCGGGACCCGGACUGCGUGUGCAGUUGGCCUUUGUCAGAGUUUGAUCCAAGCCAGAUUCGACUAAUUGUGUAUCAAGAUUGUGAAAGAAGAGGAAGGAAUGUCUUGUUCGACUCCAGUACUAAAAGAAAAACUGAGGACAUAUCUGUGUCGAAACUUUGCAGUGAUGCUCAGGUAAAAGUCUUUGGAAAAUGCUGCCAACUGAAACCUGGAGGAGACAGUUCUUCUUCUUUGGAUAGUUCUAUUAAUUCUUCAGAUACAAAAGAGCAAUGUCCCAAAUACCAGGGUUCUCGUUGUUCUUCUGAUGCCAAUAUGCUUGGAGAGAUGAUGUUUGGUUCAGUAGCCAUGAGUUAUAAGGGUUCUACCCUAAAAAUUCAUCAAAUUCGUUCUCCUCCACAGCUUAUGCUUAGCAAAGUUUUUACUGCACGUACUGGAAGUAGCAUCUAUGGAAGUCUAAACACGCUACAAGACAGUCUUGAAUUCAUUAAUCAGGACAAUAAUACAUUAAAGACAGAUAACAAUACGAUUAUAAAUGGGCUUCUUGGAAACAUAGGUCUUUCACAGCUUUGCAGCCCUAGGAGGGCAUUCUCUGAGCAAGGCCCGCUCCGCCUGAUCAGGAGCGCCUCUUUCUUUGCAGUUCAUAGCAACCCAAUGGACAUGCCUGGAAGAGAACAGAAUGAAGACAGAGACAGUGGCAUAGCACGCUCUGCAUCUCUUAGCAGUUUGCUUAUUACUCCAUUUCCCUCUCCAAACUCUUCACUUACCAGAAGUUGUGCUAGCAGUUACCAACGACGCUGGCGACGUAGUCAGACAACCAGUUUGGAAAAUGGGGUCUUUCCUAGGUGGUCUAUAGAAGAAAGCUUUAAUCUGUCAGAUGAAAGCUGUGGCGCAAAUCCUGGAAUUGUUAGGAAAAAGAAGAUUGCAAUUGGUGUAAUUUUUUCACUUUCCAAAGAUGAAGAUGAAAAUAGCAAAUUUAAUGAAUUCUUUUUUUCACACUUUCCUCUCUUUGAAAGCCACAUGAACAAAUUGAAGAGUGCAAUAGAACAAGCUAUGAAAAUGAGUCGAAGGUCAGCUGAUGCCAGUCAGCGGAGUUUGGCAUAUAAUCGUAUUGUAGAUGCCUUAAAUGAAUUCAGAACAACAAUUUGCAAUCUCUACACGAUGCCCCGGAUUGGAGAACCUGUCUGGCUCACAAUGAUGUCUGGAAUCUCUGAAAAGAACCAGCUUUGCCAUCGUUUCAUGAAAGAAUUCACUUUUCUAAUGGAAAAUGCUUCCAAAAACCAAUUCUUGCCAGCUCUCCUUACAGCAGUCCUGACCAAUCAUCUUGCCUGGGUCCCAACAGUCAUGCCUAAUGGACAACCACCUAUAAAAAUAUUUUUAGAAAAACAUUCCUCUCAGAGUGUGGAUAUGCUGGCAAAGACUCAUCCCUAUAACCCACUGUGGGCACAACUAGGAGACUUAUAUGGAGCAAUUGGCUCUCCGGUAAGAUUAGCAAGGACAGUAGUGGUUGGCAAAAGACAAGACAUGGUCCAGAGGCUGCUUUAUUUUCUUACCUAUUUCAUAAGAUGCUCUGAACUUCAAGAGACCCAUCUCUUAGAAAAUGGAGAAGAUGAAGCCAUAGUCAUGCCAGGAACAAUUAUUACCACAACCUUAGAAAAAGGGGAAGUCGAGGAAUCUGAAUAUGUGCUUGUCACAAUGCACAGGAACAAAAGCAGUUUGCUCUUUAGAGAUUCAGAAGAAACAGAGGCUCCUCAUUGUGACUGUAAACAUUGCAAAUGCCCAUUUGUUGUACAAAAUAUAGAGAGUGUUUCACAACAAGAGAGAAAUGUUCAAGGCAGUUCUCAGCAGCUACUGGAAGCCUCAUCAGAUGAGUGCAGGAUAAUUUCUCCUUCUGGCUGCCAAGAAAAUGCUGUUGACAUUAAGCAGUACAGAGAUAAAUUGCGAACUUGCCUUGACACCAAGUUAGAGACCGUAGUUCGCACAGGAUCUGCUCCAACAGACAAAUGUGUGUUGGCAGACUCGGGACUGGAACCAGCAGUAGAAACCUGGAGAAGUGAGGAAUCACUGGACUCAGGCAGCCAGUCAGGCAAUGGGAUGAGAUCAACAGGCAUAGCAGUGGAAAAGAAACCCCCAGAUAAGCUCAUGCCUACUACAUUUUCUUGUGAUGCUUCACAGACAAAGGUCACUUUUCUAAUUGGAGAUUCCAUGUCACCUGAUUCAGACACAGAAAUCAGAAGUCAGGCUGUUGUGGAUCAAAUCAUAAGGCAUCACAUCAAACCAACAAAGGAGAAAAGAAUGACUGCUGCUGAGCAUCAUGAAACUAAGCUUUUGGUUAAGGACCAAAUCAGGGAUCCUGGAGUCCAUGAAAUGUUUCCCAGAGUUGCCAGAGCGCUUCCAAAUUGGAAUCAUUCAAAUCUGGAGAACAUGAGUUUAUUUGAUGAAUAUUUUAAUGAUGACUCAAUCGAAACCAGGACUAUUGAUGAUGUUCCAAUUAAAACAAGCACAGACAUUUUAGAACACCAGAGCAAUAUAUUAGAUUUUUCUAAAAGACUGUGUACCAAGAAUAACAAACAGCCCAGUGAAUUUUGUACAUUUAUGGAAUCUGUACACCAGGAUUCAUGUAAAACCUGCUUUCCUAAGCAGGACCAAAGAGAUACAAAGUCUAUUCAUGUCCCCCAUGGGGACAAAGAGAACUCAGAGAGAAAAAUUGCUGUAGGAAAUGAAUGGGACAUUCCAAGAAAUGAAAGUUCAGAUAGUGCCCUUGGUGACAGUGAGAGUGAAGAUGCUGGUCAUGAUAUGACCAGACAGAGCAGUAACUAUUUUGGAGGAGACCGAGAAGACUGGGCAGAAGAAGAUGAAAUACCCUUUCCUGGGUCAAAAUUAAUUGAAGUGAGCUCUGUCAAGCCCAGCAUUGCCAAUUUUGGAAGGUCCUUGCUAGGUAGCUACUGUUCAUCUUAUGUACCUGAUUUUGUUUUGCAAGGAAUAGGAAAUGAUGACAAACUUCGGCAGUGUUUAGUAUCAGACCUGUCCCAUGCUGUGCAGCAUCCAGUGUUGGAUGAACCCAUAGCAGAAGCUGUUUGUAUUAUUGCAGACAUGGAUAAGUGGACUGUACAAGUAGCCAGUAGCCAGAGACGAAUAACAGAUAAUAAGCUGGGAAAGGAAGUUUUAGUUUCUAGUCUUGUCUCCAAUUUGCUUCAUUCCACUCUACAGCUUUACAAGCAUAAUUUAUCUCCAAAUUUUUGUGUCAUGCACCUGGAAGAUCGGCUGCAAGAGCUCUAUUUCAAAAGCAAAAUGCUCUCUGAAUAUCUGAAGGGACAGAUGCGAGUCCAUGUCAAAGAGCUGGGCCUGGUGCUAGGGAUUGAAUCCAGUGACCUCCCUCUUCUGGCAGCUGUAGCUAGUACUCAUUCUCCAUAUGUUGCCCAGAUUCUCCUUUGAAAUGCCUGCAAAAUAAGACAUUAACUUGGAUAAAGUUAAGCAUAAGCAAAGGAGGUAGGCACAAAAGGUAUAUAUUUGUGCCAACUUCUUCCUAAGGCAUUGGAACUGACUGAUCCUUUGGUGGAGCUGACUGGGACUCCUGGAUUACACAUUCUACAAACAUCUUACGACUUUUUUGACUUAGUUUUUUUGUUUUAAAAAUUGAACAUGAAACAGGAUAAAUAAUAGUGAAAAGAGGGAGUCUGGAACAAACUCAUGGCAUUUUCUAUAAAGGUGAUCGCAGCGUACAGAUAAAAAGUACAAAUAUUCAGAUGAUCAUCGUAAUGUUCCCAUAACUUAAACAGAUUGAAAUAUGAGAUUGAAGCAGCUGCCUUGUGACUCAUUGUUAUUAUUCAGUAGCACAGAUGUCAAAGUUCAUUUUUAAAUCUAAACUCUUAAGGUACACCAAUUUGGAGCAUCUUGUAAAUUUUCUUUAAGAGAAUAGCUAACUUGGAGCUAUUUCUCAUAAUGCUUGUUUAUGACAUAGAACUGAGAAAAACAUGUGAGCCUGUGUAUAUCAUAUGCACAAAUGUACAUAUAAAUAUCUCUUGGUUUCCUAAAAGGGCUAAGGAAGGAAAACAGAUAAGAUUGGUAAACAUGACCUUUAUUUCUUGUGUUUUAACUAAUAUUAAUUGUCAAUAAAGUUGACAUCUUGCUUUACAGUGAUACUUUUGUCUCACACUUUAAAAUAGAGAGAUGAAGCCAAUAUUUAUCUUUAAGACUGAAGAGUAUGGGUUCCCAAAAUAGCAAGAGUAUAUAACUUGAUACCUUUUUAUUUUGUUGGUAAGUACAGGCUCUUUCUGCUUCCCUAUAUCCACAGCUAGUGAGAAAAUGGUAUGAAAAGAGAUCAAAUGCACCAAAGCAUUGGCAAAAGUAAAGCUGUAAUCUUUUAAAAUGCUCAGGUAAAAAAGGUUUUCUCUUUUCAUAUGAACCCAGCAAAUACUUUAAUUUCUUUUGUGCUAUAGUGGUACUCAUCCACAGCUCUUAAAGUCAUUCUGGGUUUCCCAAGAUUUCAGUUAUUCAUCUGUCAUAUCUCUGUAUAUACUGUAGAUGUGUUAUGUAUAAGAAAAGCUAAUAUGGAACCAAACUCUUGUAUGUAAUGUAAAUAGAGUAGGUGGGUGGAUAAAAUUUCCAACAUGUUCUACUACCUCAGUUUAAUUGAAUACUACAUUGUAGUCUUUUCUUUACUUGUCUAACAAAGUAUCAUCAAAGUUGUGGAUGAGGUUGGUUUGUGUUUUUCUCUACAACAUUCACUAUAGUUAACUGCUUAUCUAAACAAUCGUGAGCCAUCCUAGCUUAUCGAAUUACUAAAUACAUCAGUUGUCUAAUAAUCAGUCCAUUCAUGCUUUUCAUAUCCAUCUUGCUCCCUAAUUUGCAAAAUGUGGUGGUGUGAUUGGCAAAGUGCUUUUACCUUGUUUAUUUAGCAUAUUUUGCCUUGGAUCUUUUAUGUAUGAUAGAGAUAUUCAAUUAAACUAAGAAAAUAACCUGUUUUGAUGGCAUUAGAGUGCAUAAUUGAUUGCUGGGCUAGGUGCUUACCUAGCUAGUGUGACUGGAAACUCUCUCCUCACCAAUUUGAGAACCCUUGGAUGUCAUAGUUGCUAAAAUGGCAUUGGAGCAAAAAUUCUUUUCCUUUUGGCUUCUUUUUCUUAUUACAUCUGUUAACUGAAUUCUGUUCUCCACUGCAUGUUGGAAAACUGACUGGACUCAAACUGGUUUGCUGGAAUUCAGAAUAUGGAAAAGAAAUGCAAUUGUGGACUUGGUACAUAUUUUCCCCUUUUUGGUGACAGUUUUUAUUGUGGCACUAAAAGAUACACCAGAUAGAUAGUGUUUUGUUUCUGAAUUCUUAAUAGAAAUGAACUAAUCCACAUAUGUUGAACCUCAGGAAUUUGAGUGCUUGGGAAAUUUGAUGUUGAAGUAAGAAAUGGAAGGCCCACAUUCUUUCUACUAUUUCUUGAAAAGGGAAGUUUUGCUGGAGAAAAAGACUUCCAGUCCUUCAAAGAAAUUUUUGGUCCCCUUAGAUAUCUAAAUACAGUAAAUGAACUUUCUGUAACUGCUGUUACCCAGUCCUAAUUCUUCUUUCCUUACUGAAGGCUGAAGAACUAAGCUUUCUGCUCAUUGGACGAUGUCAGAUACUUCCUUUUCUGCUUUCAAUGUGACCACUUUGAUGAAUGUGGGAAAGAUUUUUAGCCCGCCAGAAAUUUCAUGAUACAUAUGAAACAUGGUACAUACAGAAACCUGUUUGCUGUAACAAAUGAAAAAGGGAUCUUUAACAUAUAGUAUUAUUGACUUAAAUUUUUUUCUUUUUGUAUAUAAAUUAAUCUUUUUUUGAUUUUAAAUAUUCUCCUCCUUUACGAAAAUGUCUUAAAUUUAAGGAUGAAAAUGUUAAGUGCACUAAACAUGUACUCAAACAGAUUUAUUUUUGUUCCAAUCAACAAACACUGGGAUGCUCAACACAAAAAGUGAAUAAAACCUGGAUUUUACACAUUGCAUACUUUUCUCUGUUCUGAUGAGUGUUUUAUGACAAUUUUCUGCUUUAUCUAAAUUAUUUAGAUAGUGGUUUGUGUAAAAUACUGGGUCAGAUGUACAUACUGGUUGUUUCUUGUUUUGUAUAUAUUUCUCAACUGUGCACUUGUAUUAUAAUAACCAUUCCCAAUUUUAGGGGAAAUUUGUGCAAUAAAUACGUAUGUCAAUUCA